AUGCCAAGGUUGCUCCUCGUCCUUCUCCAAGCAGGUCUCUGGUUCUUCGCCCCCAGCGCUUCAGGGAGCUGGGUUAUCGGGGGCAAGGAAGUUGUGCCUCAUUCCCGGCCCUUCAUGGCCUCCAUCCAGGUGAAUGGGGCACACGUCUGCGGUGGGUUCUUGGUGCGCCGAAAAUGGGUCAUGACGGCAGCUCACUGCCUGUUGCCCAGGCGGUCGCCGUCCGUCCGGAUCGUGCUUGGCACCCACUCCCUCGCGGCCCCCGAGGCCUCGCAGCAGAUCUUCGGGGUGCAGGAAUCCAUCGCUCACCCGCUUUACAACUCUGGGACGGUGAAGAACGACAUCCGUUUGCUAAAACUGAACGGCUCGGCCGUCUUCAACCAGGCCGUUCAACGUGUCGGGAUCCCACGAACCAACACCGACCUCCGCCCGGGAGUCAUGUGCCAUGUGGUGGGCUGGGGGGACACCUCCAAUUUUGGGACGAUCCCCAGCAUACUGAUGGAAGCCAACACAACCAUUGUCGACCGGAAAGCGUGCAACGUAUCGUGGGCUGGCCAGAUCCACCGCUGCAUGAUCUGCGCCGCCAACACUGACCCCACACUCCGCGGAUUCUGCUCGGGCGACUCAGGCGGACCCCUGCUUUGCGGUACCAGAGUUCAUGGCAUCGUCUCUUUCAACGGACGCCGCUGCGGGGACCGGCGGUUCCCAGAUGUCUAUACCCGCAUCUCCAAAUAUAUUGCCUGGAUCCGUUACGUGCUACAGACGUUUUGAAUAGGAGCAGGUUGUGUGUGUGUCUCUUUGGGGAA